GCUUUAUGAUUGUGUUUUAAAAGAAACUUGCAUUUUAAUUCUAGAUCGAAACUUUAGUAGAUUUCAAAGCAUUAUAAUGUCAACACUGUAACUUUUUUUUCGUUCUUUCUUCCGGUUGACAGCCAAAAGCAAGAUGCGUUCCGUCACGCUUAAGGAUGUUGAACAAGACAAGGUCGUCAAGACCGUCGCUGCCCACUUGAAAAAGACGGGCAAGGUCAAGGUCCCAGAACACAUGGACCUUGUGAAAACUGCUCGCUUCAAGGAGCUGGCUCCCUAUGACCCUGACUGGUUCUAUGUACGCUGUGCCGCCAUCCUGCGCCACAUCUACAUCCGUUCCCCUGUUGGAGUCAAGACCGUCACCAAGAUCUUUGGUGGCCGCAAACGUAACGGUGUCACACCUUCACAUUUCUGCAGAUCGUCUGGCAGCAUCGCCCGCAAAGCGCUCCAGGCCUUGGAAGCUUUGAAGCUCGUCGAGCAAGUUCAAGAUGGUGGACGCAUCCUCACCGUCCAAGGCAGGCGUGAUCUCGACAGGAUCGCCGCUCAGGUCAAACUAAAGGCCAAGCAGGCGGCCAAGCAGCAAGUCAUCGUGCUUACAAAACAAAUUACGAGUCAGUUCGGUUGGAUAUGCGUGAGUGAUGACAAAAUGUUGGUGACACUUGAUCUGCGUAUCGGCAUAUUUGCCGUUAUAUAUUUACUUACUUGUGCGGUGUGCAUACAGUAUGGAAGCCCAGGGAACACUUUAUACGUGGCAGAAGAGUCUCAAAGGGGCUUGGGUAAAACUAUUGUGAUAAACAGAGCUGAAGAGGAGGGUUCUAGUCUAGAAAGGAGAAAACGGGAUGCGUCCGAGUCAACGCCUCCCGCACUUGAAAAGAACAUAACUACAUGGACUACUCACCUAAAUGACAGCCAUCAGCAGCUCAUGGUGCAUUGGGUGGGCGAGGGCUCCAAUGUCAUCAUCUGCCUGGCUCGGGACUCCAGCCCCAAGAGUAAGGGGGUGUUCUCUCCCUCUGCCUUGUUCAUCUCAUAUGACUAUGGGAAGAACUUCACUAAUAAAACGGAUAUGUUCAAACUGGAUGAUACUCCAAAUAGUGGAUAUGCUCAGUUGGAUAAGUUCUUCAAUCAUCCAAAGUACCCAGAGUUUUGUGUAUUUGUGGACUCUACCAACAAGAAAUUGUUCUACACAAAUGACAAUGGACAACACAUCAAUCGCUCAGAUCUGGACUUCCACCCCAGCGAGUUGGCCUUUGAUGAGGAGUUCCCAAACAUAUAUGUGAUCUUGGAUAAAGUGGACUCUAAUAGACAUCUAUAUCUAACCAUGGAUGGGGGUAAAUCCUUCAAGAAAAUCCAGAGUUACGUCAAAACGUUCAUUUGGGCCUCCGGGCCGGGUAUUCAGAAGACGUUCUAUGUUGAGCGUUGGAAGCCGAAUGGUACCAGCACAGUGCUCAGUGCCAGUGACCCUACGGACUUUGAACAUGCUACCACGGUCUUCCAGGAUGCUAAGGACUUUCAGAUCAAGGGCGAUUUCAUGUUUGCUACGAAGCUCAGUAAAGAGCGAAACACACUGGACCUCUACAUCUCUCACAUGAAAGGUCCCUUCUACAAAGCCGAAUUCGAAACCGAACUUGAUAUGAAGAAGUUCCACAUCGCCGACGUAACCGACAAACGUAUAUUCGUCUCUGUCAUGCACACGGAGAUUCUAGCUGAUCUGUACGUGUCGGAGAUCAGCCAUGAUUUCACUCGGUACAACUUUAUGCUGAGUUUGGAGCAGAUCCUGUGCUAUUUCCCUGAUGGGAACUGGAAGGAUACUUGGCUAGAGGACAUGACCGAAGACCCAUUUACGGACCUGUACCGCGUCGAAGGCCUCAAGGGCAUCUAUAUUGCGUCCCGAGUGGACUCCAAGGCGCAGGUGUCCCACGUAGGCCCGGAGCACCUUAUAUCGCUCAUCACCUUUGACCACGGCGUUACUUGGUCGCCGGUCAACCCGCCUACAGAGGACGAGAACGGCAAGCCGCUGAACUGUCACAUCGAGAAUUCAUGCAGCCUCCACUUAUGCCAGAAAUUCAGUCAACUGUAUCCGGUGACGAGCCCUCCAAGGAAUGUACGCAACAAUCUAAGAUCCGCAAGUAUUAUGAGUUCAAAAUCAGCGCCAGGAAUCAUCAUGGCCACCGGUGUGAUGGGCAAGUCCCUCAAAGGCAUCCCCGGCGUCUACCUCAGUCGCGACGCUGGUCUGACUUGGAAGAGAAUCCUAAAGGACUACUACUUCUUUAACUAUGGCGAUCAUGGUGGAGUUUUGGUGGCUGUUAAAUACUUUAAACUUCGCGGGGAAACUAGGAAGAUUUUGUAUUCGACAAAUGAGGGGAUUGAAUGGAAUUCUUAUCAGUUUAACGCAGACGACCUCCGCAUAUACGGUCUCAUGACCGAACCGGGAGAAAACACAACUACCUUCACGAUGUUCGGCUCGGCCAAUGAGCAACAUCAGUGGAUCAUAAUCACUAUAGAUCUGAAAAACGCCUUCGCCAAAAAUUGCACCCCGGACGACUACAAAUUCUGGUCACCAUCUCCCCCUAACUCCUCAGUAUCCUGCGUAUUAGGAACUAGAGACACCUUCCAAAGAAGACUCGCACACACAAAUUGCUACAACGGCAUUAAUUACGAUAGACCCGUUAAAAAAGAACUGUGCGAAUGCAGCAGACGAGAUUUCGAAUGUGAUGUUGGCUUCCAGUUAAGUAAUAACGCGUGCGUUCGCAAUAAAUCUGCCAAACACGACCCCUACGCUACCCCGUACCCGUGCCGACCUGGCACUCUUUACCAAAGAACUAAAGGAUACAGAAAAAUCGAUGGCGAUGUUUGUAAAUCCUCAACCUACAUACCUUAUGCGCCUGACAUGGUUCCUUGCCCAUUAGACGAACCAACGGAGUUCAUCCUAGUUGCUUUAAGAGAUAAAAUCGCAAGGAUAGAUUUAUCUGACAAUUCUACGCUAUUCCCCGUCAAAGGACAGAGCAAUAUAGUCGCUAUAGAGUUUGACUUAAAGAACAACUGCAUCUACUGGGCUGAUAUUGAAACUGAUAAAAUUAAUCGACAAUGCUUUAACAACGGAACAGUACAAGAAGUUAUCGUUGAUACCGACUUAGCCAGCAUCGAAGGAAUGGCUUUAGAUUGGAUUUCAAAUGUUUUAUUCUUCGUCGAUGGAAUGCGAAAGAAAAUCGAGGCAGUCAGAACUGACUUAACGAUCGCAGGCCGAAUGAGGGUUACUAUCCUCGAUAAUAAAGUUUUAUCCAAACCUAGAGGAAUCGCUGUUCAUCCUAAAGCAGGCUACCUAUUUUGGACUGACUGGGAUAGAAGCAAUCCUACCGUAUCCAGGUCUAACCUUGAUGGUAAAAACGUUAAGAAGUUAUUCGGAAAACCAAUAGUCCAAUGGCCGAAUGGAAUAACUAUAGAUCAGAUGGCUGAGAGAAUAUAUUGGGUAGACGCUAUGGAAGACUAUAUAGCCAGCGCCGAUUUGGACGGCAGAUAUUUCAAGCGCAUUCUUUGGAGAGACGAGAAAGUAUCUCAUCCGUUUGCAGUGGCAGUUCUAAAAGGAAAGAUGUAUUGGGACGAUUGGAAAGCGAAGUCCAUCUUCAUUGCUGAUAAAGAUUCCGGUGACAAUGUUAUAACGAUAAACAAUUCUUUCUCUGGUUUGAUGGACUUGAAAGUGUUCGCGCAUUUCGUUCAGCACGGUAGCAAUGCGUGUUCGUACAAGAAUACCAGUUGUGAUACUAUGUGUCUGGGCGGGCCAGGGAAAGGGUUUAGCUGUUUAUGCCCGAACGGGUUUACUAUGACGAAUGGGAAGUGCAUGUGCUCUAACGGGUUAGAGCCGUCAGCUAAUAUGACUUGUAAGAAGAAGGAGGGCGCUUCUUGUGAUGCUGACCAAUUCACCUGCGCAAACGGCAUGUGCAUCACAGCAUCCUGGCAAUGCAACGGCAACAACGACUGCGGGGACUUGUCCGACGAGAUAGGGUGUCCGCUCUGCGCCGCGCCCAUGCUGUCCUGCGAUGAUGCGUCGCGAUGUUACCUCCCGCAGUGGAAAUGCGAUGGCGAAGCGGACUGUCCCGAUUUUAGUGACGAAAAGAACUGCACGAGACCGAACUGCACCGAAAACCAGUUCCAAUGCGCCACGGGUAUGUGCAUCUACAAGAAGUGGGUGUGCGACGGAGACAACGAUUGUCACGACGGCUCGGAUGAACGCAACUGUAAUUCGACAUCAAAAAGGCCCACCAUCAGCACUUGCAACGAAAACGGUUUCCCCUGCAGCAAGGACGCUAAUCCCAUCUGCAUUCCCAACUCGUGGGUGUGCGACGGAGAACGAGACUGCCCCAGCGGUGAGGAUGAAAAGGACGACAAAUGCAGGAACUCGACAUGUGCGCCGUCUAUGUUCAGAUGUCCGAGCGGAAAGUGCAUAUUUAAAUCUUGGGUAUGCGACGGUGAGAACGAUUGUUCCGACACGGACUCCUCAGACGAACAAAACUGCACGUACCCAGGGACCAGUGGGCACUCGAAACUGAUCCCCCGGCCGCCGGAGAAGGCAGACUUCCCGUCAAAUGGGACCUGCUUGGACUGGAUGUUUAAAUGCGAGAACAACAACUGCCUGCCUUACUGGUGGCGAUGCGACGGUAUUAACGACUGUGGAGACAACUCCGACGAAUUAGGCUGUGGUUCCUUAAUCAUCGACACAAGCACGCCAGCGUCUGAGCCCGAAUUUAAGGACAGGAGGUGUUCUAAGACUCAGUUCACUUGUUCGACUGGCACAUGCAUCCCCCUAUCGUGGGUGUGCGACACCGCCGAAGACUGCCCCAACGGGGAGGACGAGCGCAACUGCCAGCGCCGCGGGCCCGGCGCCCGGCGCCGCUGCGGGCCCGACGAGACGCCCUGCGACGACAACCGCGGCUGCGUGCGCUCCGACCGCAUCUGCGACCGCCGGCAGGACUGCGCCGACGGCAGCGACGAGAUGCACUGCGAGGUGUGUACCCACGUGUAUAGCCGACGAGACGCCCUGCGACGACAACCGCGGCUGCGUGCGCUCCGACCGCAUCUGCGACCGCCGGCAGGACUGCGCCGACGGCAGCGACGAGAUGCACUGCGAGGUGUGUACCCACGUGUAUAGCCGACGAGACGCCCU